AUGACCAUGAGAUCCACCGUCUUCAAGGCGGCCGCGGCCACGGCGCUGAACGCGGACAGGCUGGACUACGAGAGGCCGGGGCUGGCGCUGGAGCCGGGCCCGGAGGAGGAGCCGGACGGGGAGGCCGCCCCGCUCCACCGCCAGCCGCCCCGCAAGCCCAAGGAGCCGCCCCCGCUGGGGGGACACAAGGGCCGCGGCGGGGGCAGCGGCGGGGGCGGCGGCAGCGUGCCGGCGGCGGCCGGGGCGCCCGGGCAGCAGGAGGAGAGCUGGGGCGGCCUGGUGCCCCUGCCCUGCCCCCCGGCCAGCAGCAAGCAGGCCGGCGUGGGGGAUGCCAGCAGCAGGCCCAAGUACCAGGCGGUGCUGCCCGGACACACCGCCUCCCAGGUGGCGGCGAAGGACAAGGGCUGCCCGGCCGCGGUCAGCGCGCCGCCCCCGGCCCCGCCGGCCUCGGCCACCGCGGAGCCGGGCCAGCCGCCUCCCGCAGCGGCCGCCUCGGCCUCGGAGAGCAAGUGGAAGGGCGGCGUGCGGAAGAGCCCCAUGGGGGCCGGCGGGGGCUCCUCGAACCAGGCGGCCUGCCUCAAGCAGAUCCUCCUGCUCCAGCUGGACCUGAUCGAGCAGCAGCAGCAGCAACUGCAGGCCAAGGAGAAGGAGAUCGAGGAGCUCAAGGCCGAGAGGGACACGCUCCUAGCUCGGAUUGAGCGCAUGGAAAGGAGGAUGCAGCUGGUGAAGAAGGAUAAUGAGAGAGAGAAACACAGGAUUUUUCAAGGGUAUGAAACCGAAGAGAAGGCUGAAUCCGAAGCGUCUGAGAAACUACAGAUUGAAUGCCAGCAGGAUCUCUUGGACACGUCCCAGCCCCUGCCUCCGAAACACUUCUCAUAUGGAAGAAAUGGAAAGGGACAUAAAAGGAAGUCGGCAUUUGGAAGUGCAGAGAGGAAGACUCCAGUUAAAAAGCUGGUGGCCGAAUUUUCAAAAGUCAAGAGUAAAUCUCUGAAACACUCUCCAGUGAAAGAGGAGCCGAGUAGCUCUUUAUCCGAAACUGUGUGCAAACGUGAACUGAGGAGUCAAGAGACUCCAGAAAAAGCCAGAUCGCUAGUGGACACUCCCUUAAAACCAUCCACCCCAUUGAAAAGUCCCAGUGCCCACCCCAGGGAUAAAAGUUUCCCCAGCGAGACAGAAGAUCUGCCGUACCUUUCAACCACCGAAAUGUACUUGUGUCGUUGGCAUCAACCUCCCCCGUCACCGUUGCCGUUACGAGAACCCUCUCCAAAGAAGGAGGAGACUGUAGCAAUUCCUUCAUGGAGGGACCAUGCUGUGGAGCCCCUGAGAGACUCAAAUCCUUCAGAUCUCUUGGAGAAUCUAGACGACAGUGUAUUUGCCAAAAGGCACGCGAAGCUGGAGCUGGAUGAGAAGAGAAGGAAAAGGUGGGAUAUUCAGAGGAUCAGGGAACAAAGAAUUCUACAGCGACUGCAGCUCAGAAUGUAUAAAAAGAAAGGAAUCCAGGAAUCUGAGCCUGAAGUUACCUCAUUUUUCCCUGAGCCAGAUGAUGUUGAAAGCUUGCUGAUUACCCCCUACUUGCCUGUUGUAGCAUUUGGCCGACCAUUACCAAAACUAACUCCACAGAACUUUGAGCUGCCGUGGCUGGACGAACGAAGCCGCUGUCGGCUGGAGAUGCAGAAGAAGCAGACGCCUCACCGAACGUGCAGAAAGUAGCUGUGCGGGUAGCGUUGUGAUGGGCGUAGUGCACCAUUGGCAACGGGCGGCGAGGAACUGUUUGUUAUUCGGUCCCGUGAAUCUUUAUCCUCGUGGAUAUUCUUAUUCACUGAUGUUUUUUUCCAUGCCUCUGUAUUUUUCCUGUUUUUCACAAAAACUCUUUACCUGGCUGAUUAACUGUGGUUUAUUUAUUUCUCCCCCCCCCUCCCGCUUUCCUUAUCAGCAAGUUCUCAAGCUUUAUGCUGGAACAGCAGGGUUGGAAGCUCAGAGACACCUUUUGCUCUCUGCCUAAGCUUCAUCAGCUGCUGUGGCCACUACACUUCAUAAGAGGCCUUGUGAAGGUUGGGAAGCCUAAAAACAGGCCAGCCUUGCGACCUGUCCCAUCUGCGAGUCCCCAUGGGUGAUGCCCAUCACCUUUCUGAAGCUGAUGUUUAUUUUCUUAGAAAGACGUUCAGCAGCGAGAACUUGCAGAUGGGACCAGCAGGCAGAGUUAGGCCAAGCUUGUCACACUGUCACUUUGAAACUCUGUGGUGAAAAGAACCCACCUAAGAGGAUAGUAGAUUUGGCUGCAACUUCCUCUUGCCUGACAGGUCAGGCUUCCAAUACGGUGCCUGUGUUGUGCUAGAUAGGAUUGUUGUUCAUUUCACCCAUUUAUUUAAAAAAACAAACAAGCUUCAUGAAUACCCUGAGAGGCUGGCAGACGGUUCUGACCGUGACGUGUCUCACCGAGUGCGGCUGGAUUGAGCACUGCAUCCCAUUGUCGCCACAAGACGCACCCGGUUAGUUCCUGUGUCAGAAAUCGGUUAGCUGUGCAUAUUCUGUAGCAAGACUGCCCUCGAAUACCAGUGUGAAAAUGCUUCUGCAGAUGAGACUGUUUGCCAGCAGCUAUGCCAUGUUCUAGAUAGAUGGGGGUGAAGGGUUUUUUAAACAUUUUUGUUUGUGAAAACAGAAUUCGAGACGCACAAUUGUGGUUCAUUUUUAUUUAAAUGUUUAAGGACAGCACUGGCUGGCAACUCAUGUAUCUUGUAAAACGCUUGGAUUGGCUAGAGAAAAUUAGAAUGGUACCUAUGCUUUAGCUCUAGUAAUUUGCUUCCUUUACAAAACUAGCCUUCGUUGCUGUACUACACUAAUG